CUGAUGAAGGAGGCCGACGCCAUCAAGCUGUUCGUGGGACAGAUUCCCCGGAAUCUGGAAGAGAAGGACCUCAAGCCUAUCUUUGAGCAGUUUGGCAAGAUCUAUGAGCUAACUGUGAUAAAGGACAAAUACACUGGCAUGCACAAAGGAUGUGCUUUUCUGACGUACUGUGCUAGAGAGUCGGCAUUGAAAGCCCAGAGUGCUCUACAUGAGCAAAAAACACUACCAGGGAUGAAUCGGCCAAUCCAGGUGAAACCGGCUGACAGUGAGGGCAGAGGAGAGGACAGGAAGUUGUUUGUGGGCAUGCUGGGAAAGCAACAGAGCGAUGAGGAUGUCAGAAGGCUGUUUGAGCCCUUUGGCAGCAUAGACGAGUGUACUGUGUUGAGAGGACCUGAUGGCACCAGCAAAGGGUGCGCUUUUGUAAAAUUCCAAGGACACGCUGAAGCCCAGGCUGCUAUCAACAGCUUGCAUGGGAGCCGCACAAUGCCUGGAGCGUCGUCCAGUCUGGUGGUGAAGUUUGCCGACACAGAGAAGGAGCGGGGGCUGAGGAGGAUGCAGCAGGUGGCCUCCCAGCUAGGCAUCUUCAGCCCCAUGACCCUCAACUUCCCCGCCUACAAUGCUUACACACAGGCGCUUGUCCAACAGCAGGCCCUGGUUGCCCAGUCAGCGUACUUGUCUCCUGUGGCAACAGUUGCCGCUGUACAGAUGCAGCAGAUGGCAGCCCUCAAUGCCAACGGAAUCAUUGCCACACCCAUUACACCCAUCACACCGUCCUCGGGUACAAACACUCCACCAACUAUCGCAGCAACACCUGUGCCAGCGCUCCCUCCGCCAAUGGGAGUGAAUGGUUACAGCAGUGUGCCAGCCCCCACCAAUGGGCAACAAGCAACAGAAGCACUAUACACCAAUGGCGUUCACCCCUAUCAAGCUCAGAGUCCAGCAGCGUUGGACCCCCUACAGCAGGCAUAUGCAGGCAUGCAACACUACACAGCGGCUUAUCCUGCUGCCUACGGAUUGGUCGGGCAGCCGUUCCCCCAGCAGCCAACACUGGUUGCCCAGCAACACCAGCAGCCCCAGCAACAGCAGCAGAGAGAAGGUCCAGAGGGCUGUAACAUCUUUAUCUACCACCUGCCUCAGGAGUUCAGUGACUCUGAGAUGUUGCAGAUGUUCCUGCCUUUUGGCAAUGUCAUCUCGGCUAAGGUGUUUGUUGACCGUGCCACCAACCAGAGUAAAUGCUUCGGAUUUGUGAGUUUUGACAACCCAGCCAGUGCUCAGGCCGCCAUCCAGGCCAUGAACGGCUUCCAGAUCGGCAUGAAGAGACUGAAAGUGCAGCUCAAAAGGCCCAAAGAUGCCAACCGCCCAUACUGAGUGACAACUGAGGCAAGGAAGAAGAACUAAAGAGAGGUGACAUUUCAGAGUCCAGCCGAGGUGGAAUCCCAGGGUUCAUAGUGCUUUCAGACUGUCUGCUACCUUUGAGCGUCCAGGGAGUGCAGCCAC